CUCAUUCCCACCGCCAUUUCUGCCUGUUUUCUCCUUCUCCCUUUUGGCCCUCUCAUUCCCAGCUACACCGUUUUAUAUUUCUUCACAUAAUAUUCACAUUCCUGCUAAAUUUGGCAUUGGAACUUGCUGUUUUAUUUCAUCAGCCUCAACUCUGCCUCAGACGAGCCAAGUGUCACUUUUUUUUUUGUUUGCCGGACCCUCUCCACACUCCUACCAAUGAACACACACACACACACACACUCACACACACACACAUAUCCAUCUCAGGAAAUCGCCGAGCCUGUAAUGUCCCCCUGCUCCUCCUCCAGUCUUCUCCCCCUUUCAGAGUGAUGUAGGGUCACAAGAAUAGGGGAAACACCUUCCAAGGAGAAAACACACAUGCACGUUCACAACAAACACACACACAUACACACGCGCGCCAAACACAGCCCCUGACUGAGCGCUGCAGGGCCAGAGAACGACACAUGCGUUGCGUUGGACCGAGCUGGAUUCAAGUUUCACCAAAGUCAAGGUCCCCGGCGAAGCCCAACAGAGCUCAUCAGCUGACCUAACAUGGGAUGAACUCCUGACUUCAGAGCCUUAAGCUGUGCCCCAAGUGUAUCCUGAGUGCGAGCGUCGCCACAUCCCCCGACCUCUAACCCCGGAAGCGGGGCGGACAACAUGCGCUGCACCACGGUCCUGGCCCUCCUGUUCGGGGUGGUGCUCUACCUGGGCAUGGGAGCGCUGGUCUUUCAAAACUUGGAGGCCUCCGAGGAGAGCGAUAAGUUCCAGCGGCUGCUCGUCGCCAAGAAGGACUUCCUGAGCAAUCACUCCUGCGUGAGUGAGCGGGAAUUCUACAAGCUGGUGAAGGGAGUGGCGUCUGCGGUGGAAGCAGGCCUGGAGGUGAGCAGCCUCUCCAGUAACUUCACCACGCGCUGGGACGUAGCCUCUGCCUUCUUUUUCUGCGGCGCCAUUAUCACCACCAUAGGUUUCGGGAACCUGUCUCCUCGCACGUGGUACGGACAGCUCUUCUGCGUGUGCUAUGCUCUUGUAGGCAUUCCCAUGUUUGGCAUCCUGCUGGCCGGAGUAGGUGACCACAUGGGCACCGUGCUUCGAAGGGCGGUGGCCAAGAUCGAGACCCUCUUUCUGAAGCGUCAUGUGCGUCCCACGACAGUGCGCGUCAUCUCGGCCGUGCUGUCCAUCCUGAUCGGCUGCCUCAUUUUCUUGGCCGUGCCCACGGUCGUCUUUCAGAAGUCGGAGGGCUGGUCCUUCCUGGAGUCACUCUACUUUGUGGUCAUCACACUCACUACGGUGGGCUUUGGAGACUAUGUGCCAGGUGGGAAGGUUUUCUUCAUCACAACAGAUUUUGGUGCGCAUUUGAUUAAAAAGAAUAUAUGGCCCUUCAACCACUCAGUGGAAUUCUUGGUGGAAAGGCAAGGAAUUGCCAAACAGUUUCAGUUCAGAGAAUCACAUCUUAAGAGACACAAUUGGAAAUUGUGUGUGUGUUCACGUGUGUAUCGAGAUGGUAGUCACGCUGGCGGCCUGUUCUUCAAACCUCUUGUGUGGUUGUGGAUCGUGUUCGGUCUGGCCUACUUUGCCUCUAUCCUCACCAUGAUUGGCAACUGGCUGCGUGUGCUCUCCAAGAGGACCCGCGCUGAGAUGGAGGAGCUGCGCGCUCACGCCACCGACUGGACGCAGCACAUGUCCAAGGAUUUCCGCAUUCCCAACCCUCUGGAGUUCAAUGACCCAUUCCUCUUGCAACGCCGGCGCUGGAAGCGCAGCGAGCGUCGGCGCAUCCGCCGCGGAGCUCAGGUCACGCUAGGCUACUGGGCCCGGGGGGGCUCGGAGAACGGACACCUCCCCGGCCACUGGGCCGGCCUGUCCAGCUCCAUGAGUCGGCUGGAGGGGCUGGGCUCCUCCCCGGAGAUGAUCAUGAUGACCAAGGUGAGGGGGAGGCCCGUGGUUGGCGGCGGCACAAUGCCAAGGGCCAAGCCGUCCGAGCCGUCUGCUGCUUUGCGUCAGCAAGUUGCGCGUCGCUCCUUACCCCAUCUCCUCACACGCUCCUUCUCCCUUCCCGCGGCUCCGUCCGCCUCCGAGCUGGACUCCCCCGAAGCCGCCGUACACGAUGCCUCUUUCUCAGGAUCAGACUUGGACUCCAGAUCCGACAUUUCCUCUGCGUCUUCGUCCUUCUCGGUUCUCCGUAAGUUCCAGGCCCAGCGUGCACUUGAAGCGGAAGGAGAUAAAAUGAACCUCAAAGAGGAGGUAAGAUGUGGGGAGAACAAUCCGAGUUCCGGCCCCCAUUUGCCUGCCUUUCCACCCUACUCCACGGGCCUCUUGGACUUUUUCGGCGAGAACUUGGCAUACAUCGACGAGUCGUCGGACGCGCUGAGCGAGCACGCAGACGAUAGGAAGCGGCGCUCGCGCAAGCCCAAGCGGAAGAGCCUGAGGAGCGUGAAAAGAGAGCCGGCAUACGAGUGGAGCCCCCACCAGGCGAGGAGGCGAGGCGAAGACUUGCAGCCGCCGUCCAAUCCGCCCACGCCGCCUCCGGACUGGUCCCUGUCAUCACCGACUCACACGGACUUGCCACAGACGCUUUGAUGUGUGCCAUGUGAACAAAUACUUGUUUACGUCUCACCAACGCCUUGUGAGGAUCAUCCAGGUCGUGGUAAUCUGUGAAAGUUGAAUGGAGGCAAGCGGACACCCUUGGCUCUUGAAGACGUUUCACCUUUAAUCCAAAACCAACCUUCUUAAAUUCCAACUUUUACUCUAAUUUAUGUGUGAGUAAAGUGCUUUUUUUUUUUUUUAUUUAACAAAAAAAACAGAAUCCAAAAUCAACCACUCACAUUGCACAAGGAUCUAGCAACACACAAAACGAAAAUUUCAGAUUGGAUUUGGACCAGUUCUGUUGUAGUCUCGCAUUUUAUGGGGAGUUCCUAAUAUCGUGUUUGCUUCCAAACUCACUUUUCUACAGCUGCAUCAGACUGCUCCAGCAAAUCAGGAGGUUGUAUUAUUUCUGAAGUUUUUUUUAAGGGUGAUUUGGGUAGGGGCGUGUGUGUUAUUCAUGGGAAAUUACGGUCAAUGUGGUGUCUCCCUAUUUAUGUUCGUUUCUGGUGUUUUCUCUUAUGGUGGUCACAUUGGGGAUGUCAUUAUAGUUAUCAGGUGUGGCUGGUGAAAGGCCGUCCUGCAUGGCAAGUGGUCGUUCCUUUUCCUGGAAUCAAAACAGCUCCUUGGUGGCCAAUUUAUCUUUGGGAUGAUGAAUGUUUUGGGACACGCUCACAGACGCGUUUCUUGGCAGACUGCAUGUGUAAAAUUUAGGAUUGAAACUUUAUGGAGUCAAGGUGAAAUGUCUUCACCAAACAAGAAGUGACCACUGUUCAGCCUUCCCUAACAACUUGUGAAUGUUUGAACACUGCAGCUCACGCCCACGUCUUUCACCUUUUUCAGGCCAACACAUUUUUAGUAUACUGAACUAUUUAAAUUUACUGCUAAGUGAGACAUAUUGUUUCAGUUCUGUGAUCCGGGGUGGGCGUUGAAGUUUACCUAACAAGUAGACUUGUGUCAUCUGUCUUUUCCUCAAAAUGUAUGUGAGUGAGUCCUUCUGCUUAAAAUGUGUGUGAGUGAGUUCUUCUGCUUGAAUGUGAAUAUCUGACUCGGCAUUCAUACAAAAAGCCAUUUUCUUCCUCGUCAUCCCUGUUCACAGAACACAAGCACGUAACAGCACAUCUGCAGACGUGUUAACCUCCGGAGCCCUCGGUGAACUCCGCCGCCGUCACCGCUGCGGUCGGACCCCGAGUGUCUUGUUACGCUUACUCACAGCCUCGGACAGGCAGAGGAGAAGAGGAGGUUGCACAUUUCAUCAUUCGCUGACAGCGGCCUGGAGGAAGAAACUUGAUGAAUGUUUUAGUGUGCUCAUUGUCGCUGUCCAGUUUUGUUGUGCGUGUCGACGAUCGAACGGAACGCCAGCAUGCCACGACUAAAUACUGACUUGAUCUUUUGGGGUUUUACAACAUAAAUACGCCUUGAAGCGCUGCGCCAGCACGCCCUCAUGUGUUUAAAAAAGGAACUUGUGUGGCUUUGGGCCUGAGCCGGCGGGCAGGGCUUCCUCUGCAGCCUGCAAUAAUGCUGAGGCCACAAACGGGCCUCCUCACGGUCCAGUCUUGUCGCUUGUAUAACAUUUUUGUCUUGAUGGAGAUUGGGUUUUAAUUGAAAGCUUUGGGAAAAAAAAGAAAAAGCGGGAGUCACGGUGGACCAGAGGUUAGCAUGUCUUUACACUUCUGAAAUAGGAAAAAUAUGAAAAGAUA